AUGGAGCCGGGCAGCUCCCCGCUGCUGCCCCAGGGGCUGGCCACCCUUCCACCCCCAGCUCCGGCGCUGCCCGUGCCCCCCGCCUUCCUCCGCCCGCCCAGCCUCUUCUUGCGGGUAGCCGCCGCCGCCGCCACUGGCGGCUCCAGCCCCUGCUGCCCGGAGCGCGGCGCCUGCUCGCCGCGGACCCCGAAGUGCGCCCGCUGCCGCAACCACGGCGUGGUGUCCGCGCUCAAGGGCCACAAGCGCUUCUGUCGCUGGCGGGACUGUGCCUGCGCCAAAUGCGCGCUGAUCGCCGAGCGCCAGCGGGUCAUGGCCGCGCAGGUGGCGCUGCGCCGGCAGCAGGCGCAGGAGGAGAGCGAGGCCGCGCAGAGGGGGCUCCAGCACCUCCUCCAGCAGCGCCCGCCCGCCGCCCGUGGGGAGGCGGCGCUGAGCCCGGCGGCCGCGGGCCGCGGAGCUGCCGGGCGGGCGCCGGCGCGCGGGGGCGCGAGCGCGGAGCUCCAGCCGGGGAGAAGAGAAGGGCAGGUGCAGAAGUAUGACUCAUACUUCAGGGUGUUGGAAGGUCCUGUAGUCCUAUCACAUCCUCCUCCUCUGAUAUCUUCGCCUGAGUCAGCAGAAGCUAGUGGAAGCUAUAGAGUGAAGUCGUCUGGCCUGGAAAUCUCAGAAAAGGAAGAGACUGUUCAGUGUCCUAAUCUGGAGCAGCAGUUGGAAGGUGUCGAAAGUUCAGGGUCCCUUUCUUCUUCAGACAUGGAAUCAGGAAAUGAAAGUGAAUGGUCCAAGGAUUUUGCUGCCCCCAGUUCCAGUCCGCCUGCUGCUGCUUCAAGACAAAGAGACCCACUUGGCAUUCUCACCAAAGUCUUUCCUAGUCAUAAACGAAGCAAGCUGGAGAGUAUCCUGCAGUUCUGCAAAGGAGAUGUGGUCCAAGCCAUAGAACAGAUCUUGAAUAGGAAAGAGAAUAAACAAAAUGUCAAAGACUUUGCAAACUCAUCUAGAUCUGAAUUUAGUGCCUUACAGAGAGCCUCUAAUUUUAGCCUCACAGGAUUAGGUGUUGGAGCAUUUGGCAAUACAUCCGCUUUCUCCCCUCUUCAAACCAGUUCUACAUCAUUUGGAAAUGCAACAAAUCUUUAUGGCCUAAAUCCUAGACUGGGGAUUAGCCCUCUAAAACUGGCUUAUUCCACCCCUGGAAGAGGGCUGCCUGGAUUUAUGUCACCCUAUUUAACGCCUGGACUGGUUCCAGCUUUGUCUUUUCACCCAGCAAUGGACUACUCCUUUUCAGGAGUGAUCAAGGAUGCUUCUUACUUUCCGAGUAAAGAGUCAGUCACUAGCAGUGGAAUUUUCUCAAGGCUAAAUCAAGAAAACCAGUAGUGCCUUUAGCAUACUCCCUUUCUCAAUGCACUUCCAAAAUAUGCAGCUGUGAUGACAUCUGGACUAGUAUGUCAAACCUCAAAGGAUGCUUUAAUCCCACACUCCACAGAAUAUUAUAUUAGAGGUGGCAGAACAGUUCCUUUU